AUGUUAUGCGGCACUCAAGAAAAACCUUUACCAAUAUUCAAAAAAAAAUGGAGAGCUUCUAAAAAUUGUGAUCGAACAACAUUGCUGACUCUCCGCCGUCCAACAGCUGUAUCAAAAUUCAGAGAUACUGUACCAAUCCCCAAUUAUCCACCAAUCAAAAACUCUCUUCCAUCAUGGAGAUCCAGAAAAUUGGACGAAAAAAUUCCAAUGUAUCACGGAAACACUCCAUCUGGUCCAAUUGUCUUCCAUAGAGGACCUAUGGGAAAGAAUCCUUUGCAAACUGAUACUAAAUUAAGUUUUAUAUUAAACGAUCCGUAUGAAAUAUCACACAAAUAUAACCCAUUACACGAUCCGCAUUUAAAACACUGGGUAAAUUCACCAAUUAAUCGAAAACUUCUUCAAAAUCAAAGACUCAUUACUGAAGACAACGAUGUGAUUUGUAGAUUAAAUGAAUACAAUGAGUACAGACGAUUUUUAUUCCGCGUACAUAAUGAUGCAAUAAUGCAUAAGCUAAAAGUUAAAGACGCAGAAAAUGAAGAUCGCCAAAAAAUAACCAUCGCCAAUUUUAAUCAUAGAAAAGAAUUAUUAAAGAAAUUAAAAAUGUUGAUGCCCGAGAAGCCAAAAAAUAAACCACAAACUAUGAAAAGUAAAAGAAAUAGUGUUAAGCGCACAUGUAAACCUUCAAAUAAAGAAAGAAAACAACCAUUUAAGAAAAUUGAAACGUAUACUGUCUUUGGACCAGGCCUGAGUGGUGUAAUUGACCAAAACAAAUACGAAGGUACCUUUAUAAAAGGUUCCCCAGAUGAUUUCUAUUUGUUGGGAUUGUUUAAUCAUUUUUUUAAGCAACAAAAAACAAAAUUUGAAACAUAA